AUGAGCCAUACAGAUCUUGAAAUGUAUAGAAAAUUAGUUGACAAACUGAAUUAUUUGACGGUGACUCGUCCUGAUAUUGCAUAUUCAGUUAAUGUAGUAAAUCACUUUAUAUCUUUCCCUACUGUUACUCAUUGGGAUGCUUUGGAGCAGAUUGCAAGUUCAAAAGUUGAUAAGAUGUCAAUCACUGGAUAUUGUGUUUUUAUGGAAGGUAACUUGAUCUCAUGGAGAAGUAAGAAGCAAAAUAUAGUCUCUCGUUCUAGUGCUGAAUCUGAGCGUGGUGUGAUAAUCAAACAGUUAUCUACAUUACCUCUAAUCCAUAUUUCAUGA